ACUACUUUCAGGAGAUUCACUUCGAUUCCGGAUCCGAAUUACGCCGACGGAUCUUACCGUGACGGCGCCGGAAAAUACGGAGAGGGGAUUAUCUAGUCACUUGUGGUGGUUGUGAAGUUAGGAAGUAAUAGGAAUUCUGUAAAAAAAUGGGUUGCGUUAGCUCGAAGCAGACGGUCUCUGUGACGCCUGCGAUCGAUCACUCAGGUGUUUUCAAGGAAAAUGAAAAUGAGUGUUCCGGAUCGGGUCGGAUAGUGUUGGAGGAUCCGCCUCGCGCGACGUUGAAGAAGCUCGUGUCAUGGAGGAGCAGGAGUGGGAAGAGGAGGAGUCAGAGGAGCGGUAGUGAGUUGGGUAGCGAGUCAGGACGUGCUAGUGACUCGCUGAGUUUUCGACUUGGUAAUGUUAGUAGAUACCUUGAAGCUGAGCAAGUCGCUGCUGGUUGGCCUGCGUGGUUGAGCAACGUUGCUGGUGAAGCUAUCCAUGGUUGGGUUCCUCUUCGAUCCGAUGCUUUCGAAAAGCUCGAAAAGAUUGGACAAGGUACUUAUAGCAGUGUGUUUCGUGCGGUGGAGACCGAAACCGGGAGGAUUGUGGCGUUGAAGAAGCUGCUUCUUGGAAAACCUAUUCUUCGGGGAAGAACUGAGGUUGAACAGCUGCACAAAAUCUUCAAACUGUGUGGAUCUCCACCAGAAGAUUACUGGAAAAAUGCCCUUGUUUCCCAGUAUUUUACUACAAAGCCUUUUGCUUGUGAUCCCUCAAGCUUGCCAAUAUACCCACCUAGCAAGGAGAUAGAUACAAAGCAUCGGGACGAAGCAGCGAGGAAAAAAAUUAGCGGUAAUGGGAGACGUGGUAUAGAUGCGAGGAAGCCAUCAAGGAAGGCCCAUUCAUUCAACAGAUUGGCACCAGUUGAGGAUGCAAGACAUCAAACUGAAACUUUUCAGAAACGAAUUGGUCAUUUAGUUCAUAAUUCGAUUGAAAGUGAUGCCAGGUUAUGUGGGAAACUGCAAAACCCAUUAGGUCACAAGAAAGACGAAGCUUCCCAUGUGAAGCAUGCAUCACAAGGAGAUGUGCCUUUCUCAGGGCCGUUACAAGUCUCUAAAUCAAACAGUUUUGCUUGGGCGAAACGAGAAAAAGAUGACGUAUGUGUUAGGGUACAUAAUCGAUCUCUCUCAAGAGGUCACAUUCCUAACUUGUCAGGACAUUCCCCCGCAUUCAAGAUAAAUAAGAAUGAAAACGAGGACAAGACAGAUUCUCGAGGCCAGGAGUCAUAUGAGAUGGUGAAGCGUUCUAUGCUGAAGCAGUGGAGACAACUUGAACGUCCAGAUUCCUUUGGUACAUCUGACGAGUAUCACUCGCAGGAACUGUCAUUGGGACUCUAUCAAAGAGAUGAAAUGGCAAAAAAGCUGGGUAAUAAUUUGGGUGAUGGGGACAAGAUCGAAUUCUCGGGCCCUUUGUUAUCUCAAUCUUAUGGAGUUGAUGAACUAUUGGAACGCCAUGAACGCAACAUCCGCAAGCUAAUUCGAAAACCGUGGUUCCAGAAAGAUAAGAAACAGGGGAAGUGACUGUAAUCACAAGCCUCACAAGGAGAUGGAGAAAAGAGCUCCAGAAACUCUUGUGAAAUUAUGUUUAUAUCGUCAAGACCUGUGAUUAUCAAACAAGAUGGAGAAAAGGCCAUGAAGCAUUCUUUUGUUGUUAAUUAUGUAUUGAUUUAUUCUUAAGUUAUAGUAUGGAGGUACAGUUUUUGAGAGCCUAUACACAUUCAGAGGCAAUAAUGUAUAGAGCUCAGU